AUGGACCCCCGUACCAGUGCUCAGGACGUGAUGCGAUGUGACCUGUGUGAGACCGCUUUGGUACAGAUGCACUGUGAUACAUGUCUUGACAAUUUAUGUACAGCUUGUGUGGGAGUUCAUUUUUCUGCUGAUCUCUCUAUACAGCAUAAAGUUGUAUACUUCAAGGAUAGAAAAUUUACUCACAUUUACCUUGUAUGUAAAACUCAUAAUAAUAAAGAGCAAUGUCAAAUGUACUGUGAUCGUUGUAACAUUCCUGUUUGUAACAAAUGCCUUGCAUCCAAUCAACACCAGGGUCAUAAAUUAUCAAAAAUAUUGCAAAUUCUGAGUAAAAAGAAAGUAGAGCUCAUCAAGUAUCAAACUGAAUUAAAAGAUACAAUCUAUCCAACCUACCAGGACAUUGUUUCUGAUAUAGUAAACAGAAUGAGUCAGUUAGAAAAGGAAUAUGGAGAUCUCUCAACAGCCAUAACAAAACAUGGAGAGGACUGGCACAGAGAAAUUCACAAAAUUGUCAAGAAACUUAAAAAUGAAGUUGAUGAGAUGAACCACACACAGUCAAAGACUCUCCAGAAACAUCUGAAAGAAAUAAAGCAGAAAAUGAUAAAUAUCAAAGAAAAAAUCGAACUAGUUGAUGUUGCUGUCGAUUCGCCUUAUGUACACUCAGGAAAAAUAAAUAGAGAGCAACUUCCUGUGUUGUUUGGAGUUUUAUCAUCAAUUUCUUUAUUCCAAGAAAAGAAUGGUUACAACAUUCAGACAUCACCAGAAGCUGGGUCCUUUCCUCCAGUCAAACAGCCGAUUGAUGUACCGGCGAUUGUCACUACCAUAGAUACUGGAUAUAAAUACCUUUACAGUGUGGCCUGUUUGAAUGAUGAAGAAAUCUGGACAAGAGGAAAUGACAGCACUAUGAAACUUUACAGCAUCAACCAGGGAACCCUCGUAAAGUCAAUCACAACCAAGUCAGGGAACUGGCCACAUGACAUAGCUGUGACGAAAAGUGGAGAUCUAGUUUAUACUGAUUACAGGGAUAGAACUGUGAACAUUGUGAAGAAUGAGAAGAUAGAGGAGGUGAUCAGACUACAGAACUGGAGACCUCACAGUGUCUGUAUUACGUCUUCUGGUGACUACCUAGUUAGCAUGGACAGUGAUGAUAACAAACAAACAAAAGUUGUCCGUUACUCUGGCUCCACAGAGAAACAAACCAUUCAGUUUGAAGAUAUAGACAAACCUACCUAUUUCUCUGAAACAAGAUACAUAACACAGAACAGGAACCUGGAUAUCUGUGUGUCUGACAGUGGAGCAGUAGUGGUGGUCGAUCAAGUCGGAAAGCUGAGAUUCAGGUACAUUGGACAUACUCCAGCUCCAAAGAAAAAACCAUUCAGUCCACGAGGAAUCACCACAGACAGUCAGAGUCACAGCCUUACAGCUGAUGAUAACAAUGACUGCGUUCAUAUCAUAGACCAGAAUGGACAGUUCCUCCAUUACAUAGACUGUGGUAUGAAAAUUUUCUAUGGACUUUGUACUGACAAAAAUUACAAUUUGUUUUUUGUUCAGAAGAUGGGCAAAAAAGUGAAGAAAAUCAGAUACCAGACGCGAAAUCCCUCGUAUGCUCUGUAA